AAAAAUAUAUAUGGAGAAGAUAUCAUCAAGGAAUUGGAAGAGGAUUCAAAAGACGAGUACAUUUCAUUGCUAAGGGCAACGUUGGAGUGUUUGACAUACCCUGAGAAGUACUUUGAGAGGGUGUUGAGGCUAGCGAUUAACAAAACAGGAACAGAUGAGGGUGCACUCACACGUGUUGUUGCCACACGUGCUGAAGUUGACAUGAAGGUUAUAAAGGAGGAGUAUUUGAAGAGGAACAGUGUGCCUUUGGAUAAGGCUAUUGCGAAGGAUACUAGAGGUGAUUAUGAGGAUAUGCUUCUUGCUCUCAUUGGUUGUGUUGAUGAGUAGAAGAACUUAAACGACGUGGUUUUAUUUGGUAUGUUUUGAUUUGAGGCGGUUUGUGUGAGAUCGUUAUAUGUGGUUUGUGUGUGUUUUUGUGGACUUUCAGUAUAAUAAAUUAUUAAUAAACUCGGACGUCUUCUUCC